UGAAUGCCCUGUUCAUUUUUUUUAAAUUCAGCUAGCUCAUGAUUGUCAUUUCCAAAUCCAGAUGAAUUUCAAGUCAAUAAGCGUUCAAUAAUAUAACACCAAAAAAGAUCAAUAGUAGCAAAAGGGUCUGUUCAUUUCAAAGUUAAGAUCAUGGGAACCACCAAAAAGCAGCUUUUCUUUCCUUGUCUUGCCGCUGCCACUAACAAAUAGUGGUGGUGGUGAUACACAGUAGAACUAGAAAAGGAAAUUACAGUAAAGGGCGGGGUCCCUCUGCAAACGCCAUCACUUGGCUUUCAAGACCAAUCAACUUUUAUCUCAGACUCUAGUUGGAAAGUGACUACCCUUUUCCCCAACAACAUUAAGUCCAAAUAAUGCAAGUUCGGUAAUGGAUUUAUAGAGUAUUGUUGCAGACAUGGGCAAUUGUGCUUCAGUUCAAAAGAAAACAGGCCCUGCUUUGAAACUCAAAUGCACCUUUGAUUCUCAAGGAAACUGUAUCCAUAUUGAAUCACCUGUGAAGGACAGCAGCACAGUGAAUGGUGAUCACUCCAUGACUGAACAACUCAAUCCCAAGCCCCAGUCCUUGUCGCCAGUGCCUUAUCAAGCCAGUGUUAAUGACUUGAGUAACCGAGAGGAUAUGUUUUUUGAUUCUCAUCCCUGGAUAGAGUCUGAUUGUGAAGAUUACCUCAGCGUCGAUGGUGAUUUCACUCCAUCAUGUGGCACUACUCCUAUUCACCAAGGCAGCUAUAUAGAAACUCCUCUUCCAUGUGAAGAGUCUCUCUGUAGCAGUAGUUCAGCCAGGUCAAUACCUGAACCUUCUCCAGCUGAUAGGAAGAAGCAACUAAUCGAGCUUUUUCGAGAGAACAUCAACGACGAUCUGGCUGAUGACAACCAAAGUUUCCAAGACACAGUCAACGGCAAGCCUAUUGCUGUUUACCUCCCUUCAAAAUAUACAAAUGGAAGUCCAUAUCAAUAUGCAGAAAGCUCUGUCCGCAGCAAUGAAACAACUCCACACAGUGGUUCCAAAUCUGGAAAAGAGAAACCAACUCAUUUUUCACAUUGCUGCCUUCCAAAUAUUGUGCGGAGCCUGAGCUUUAGUGAGAGGAGGAAGAGGCUUAGCCCUGCCCAUAGUGGUUAACGGUAAUAAGCUUAUCCACUGUCAAACUUCUUACAAGAAGCACUGUAUCGAUGCAACUGUGAGGAACAGAAGUCUAAGGUUAUUUCACAACUAUACUUUGAUUUCUUCUGAAGAGAGCAAUUCGUGAACUGGGUUCUAUAUAUUAAUACAUUGUGCAAGAGCUUAUUGAGCUUUUCCUCUU